GAGCUUAACCUCAUCAAGCCUAAAGGCAAUACUACCAACUACCAAAACCAACUUCCUUUUUCAUCAGAGACGCUCCACGGCUGGAGCUGAUUGAUGAUCCCUUCUAAGAAGGUCUAUCAAAUUCUAAUCCCCUUCCCCCCCUGUAAUAAUCAGUUCUCUCUAGUUUACAAUAUAGGGAGGCGAAUUGGUCACCGUCACCGGUAAAGCAUUGGAAGGUCAUCUGCCAGAAUGAAUAAGGGAAAGGCGAUUCUCGCUCCGUCGGAAAUCCCACCGGUGGAGGAAUUUAUUGCCAACAACGUCGAUCUCCUUACAGAAAUCCUUGCACGUUUGCCGGCAAAAUCCAUGGCCCGAUUCAAGUGCGUGUCCAAGGACUGGCUCUCUCUCCUCACCUCGAUCUUAGAUUUGGUUCUGUACAAAGAGCUAUGGAAGGCCUGUGCUGGUCCAUUGGUGGACGUUCCAAGGGUUGGGGAAAGAGUGUUCUAUUUUCCCCAAGGGCAUAUGGAACAAUUGGAUGCAUCAGCAAAUCAGGAACUGAAUCAGAGAGCUCCGCUCUUCAAUCUUCCCUCAAAGAUCCUAUGUAGUGUUAUGGACAUUCAGCUUCGGGCUGAACAAGACACUGAUGAGGUUUAUGCUCAAAUUACUUUAGUGCCAGAGCAAGAUCAAAGUGAACCAACAAGCCCUGAUUCGUACCGUCCGGAACCUCUGUCGCCAAUAGUUUAUUCAUUCUGCAAGGCUUUAACUGCCUCUGAUACUAGCACUCAUGGUGGAUUUUCUGCUCUUCAAAGGCACGCCAAUGAAUGCUUCCCUGCACUGGAUAUGAAUCAGCCAACACCCAUGCAGGAACUGAUAGCCAAGGAUCUUCAUGGCAGGGAAUGGCCAUUUAGGCAUAUUUUUCGGGGACAAUAUAUAUGUGCAGGACAACCCAGGAGGCAUUUGCUUACAACAGGAUGGAGUACAUUUGUUACAUCAAAAAGACUAGUUGCUGGGGAUAGUGUCAUGUUCCUGAGGGGAGAGAAUGGAGAACUAAGAGUCGGUGUUCGGCGUGCUGCUCGUCAACAGUGCACUAUGCCAACAUCAAUAAUUUCAAGUCAGAGCAUGCACCUACGAGAUCUAGCAGCUGCAUCUCAUGCUGUGGCUACCCGCACCCUCUUUGUUGUCUCCAACAAGCCGAGGAUGAGUCAAUUCAUUGUAGGCUUGAACAAGUACCUAGAAGCUGUCAACAAAUGUUUCGGAGUCGGCAUGAGAUUCAAGAUGAGAUUUGAGGGGGAGGUAUCUCCUUGGAGAAGUUAUACAGGCACCAUAGUGGGGGUUGAGGAUCUUUCUUCCCAAUGGGAAAAUUCGAAAUGGCGGUCUCUGAGGGUUCAAUGGGAUGAACCUGCAUCAAUUCCCAGGCCUGAUAGGGUUUCUCCUUGGGAGAUUGAAUCCUUUGUGCCGACGAGUAGAGGGCCGCAACCACCAAUUGAGGUCCCAAUUCAUGACACCGCAUCUGCUGCUGCAUUCUGGCUAUUUGGUGUUGAUUUGAGAAAUCCCUCGAAUGCCUGAUAGGGUUUCUCCUUGGAAGUUUGAACCCUUUGUGCUGAUUAGUAGAGGGCCGCGACCACGAAUUGAGGUCCCAAUUCAUGGUGAGAGUCACGGAUGAGGAGUUAACAGCACGGUUGCCUGAAGGUGGAGAACAGAUGAAAACAAUAGCCAAUCCGCAGCUCAUUAUGCGAAGACUGUUGUGUUAAUACGAGUAAUGAAUGGUUAGGAUCAGAAUCUGUGUACAUAUUAUGAAUAAUCCUGGUGAUCAAAGUCGCUGUGA